CGAGUAGAUUCUCCGUCGCAUUCAAUCAGAAUCUGCCAACAAGCCAAUCUGCAUGGCUCCUUAAAUUAGCAUCUCAUGAGAUCAUUGUCACCCACUCCCCAGCCAAUCCUUCGUGUUCACGAGUGCGCCGCGAGGCGCUUGUCGUCAUAGGCAGCCAUAUUGAUGAUCACAAGCUUCCACCAAGCGAACCACCCAAUUAUUCAGUCAUGGAGAUGUGGCCCGCUUGUAAUGUCGGUCACCUUCUUCUUCCUUGAAUACCCAGGAAUUUUUCACAAUCUCCUUCCUUCCAUACAACAAACGACCAUAUAUAAAAAAGUUCGGCCAAAACAGCAUCUUUACCAACUCGUCCCCCGCUGCGAGCUGAAAACUGGGGCAAGGAAUAUCUUGAGAGAGUAUCAGCGGCAGAGUUUUCGUUGCCGAAAAACGGCAAGAGAUCUUCGACAACAAGGUUUACCACAUGCUCUUGAAUCACAGGCCUUGCUAAAUAUUUUUUUUCCAACUUUCCUGUUUUUCUCAGUUUCGUUAGAUAACCAAUCUUGACAGAACGGCUGUAGCAAACGUCGUCAGGCAUUGUGUUUCCCUUCUCAUUUUGAUUGCGUUGCGGACUACGAGAAAGGACCAAAGAGGCUCGCUACCUGCUGCCCGCGAUGGCUCUGGAUUUCCCCUGGGUUUAUCCUGUUCGGAUUGUUCAAGUGAUCUUUGCGAUCAUCAUUCUUGGCUUGACCGCAUACAUUGUCAGCGUGUACAAUAAUGACACCGUCAACUUCAUGCUUUUCAAUAGCAUCUGGACGGCUUUCUUCGCAACUCCGUACCUCGCCCUUGCGCCUGUGCACUUCCCCCAAAUCGCACAUCGCUUCGUUAUACCAGCCGUAGAAGCGAUCACCUUGAUUUUCUGGUUUGCAGGCUUUAUUGCCUUGGGUGUUCUGCUUCCUGCUCCUAGGUUCUGUCACUGGAGCGCCUGCAACUGCGCCCAGGCAGCCACGGUAUUUGGAGCAUUCGAGUGGGCUUUGUUUACGGCCACGACAGUAGUGGCUGUUCUCGGUGCUUUGCGUACCAGGUCAAGCACUAGUACGAAGCCUGCCCCUCAAACUACUGCUCACGUUGGCGUCUAAGCGGAAUAGUAGCGGUAGUGCCCUGAGCUGCCUCUCAGUGAUUAGGACCAGUUUCUGGAUGAUAUUAUGUUAUGAAGCUCGACAUUAGGUGCUGCAUUAUAUGUGUUACGAUAUCUGCGCUGACUCCAGUUGAUUCGAUUUCAAUGAUAAUGUCCUCAAUGAAAGGAGUGCCGAAAAAUGAAGAAAGCCAACGGGAGCCCGAUAACUUAUACGAGCAUGAAGAAGAGGCUCCAGUCACUUUGCGAUAGUCUAUCCUAUUAUGUCUUGCAACUUGACCAGUUUAGUCCUUAUGACUCGCUUUUGAGUCCUGAGUUCACGCUGAUUUUGAGUGGAUACCCCCUUUGUUUACCAUUGUAUAUAAUUGGAUGUGAAGUUCUCUUAAGACUUACUAAUGCCUAUAUAUGUGUCUAUGUGUGGACAAUGUAUUUAUCUUCAUUCCACAAAUUUAUAGCUGGAGUUGGUUAUGUCGGGAUCAGGGAAAGGAGAUAGAACACUCACGAGAGCUACCCAACAAUGUAGUACGACAAUUUGCUGGA